AUGCAUUUCUCUGCCCUUCUCGUACUCGCGGCCUACGUCUCCAGCACCUCUGCAGCCAUAACAUGGACACUCCAAAAGACGACGAACCCCACCGCCGACCAAAGUGACGCAUACGCCAAAAUCGAAGAUGCAAUGACCAAAGCAGUUGCACGCUAUGCACGCUUCUCUGACGCUGUCAAGACGCUCCGCGUCGCAUAUGUCCCGGGCGUGCCCACGGCAGAAGCAAACUACAAUGGAGAUGUACGCUUCGGGACAAACCGUGCGUACAUGAAUGAGCGCACAGCGUUGCAUGAGAUUAGCCAUACGUUGGGGGUGGGUCAGACUGCCGCGUUUGAUAGGAAGUGUGCGGCUGGUGACUGGAAGACUGCGCUGCCUUUGUUAAGGAGCUUUGAUGGUCCGUCUGCGACUAUUACGUGUGGAGGAAGACAUUUUUGGCCGUAUGGGUUGAACUUUGACUCGGAGUGGAGCGAGACAAAUGCCGAUCGCCAUGUGCAGAUUGUGGAGGCCAUGCUUACAGAUGGCAUGUAA